CCAAGCCCUGGUGGUAUUCGUAUCUCGGAACCUGCUUUUCUUCGUGGAUUUGUCUUUAUACAGAGCAGGGCUCGCACUCGUUUUACGCUCCAUUCUCAAUCUUCGUCUCUAGCUCUUCCUUAGCGCAAUGAAGGUCUCCGCUGUUUUUGUGUGUCUUGCGGCCAUUCUCAGUACCGGCGUCGCGGACGCGGCACCCCUCCGACAGCGCUCGCUCGUCUAUGCUCGGAAUAAUAAAGUAAAGAUGAUGAAUGGGCAGAAGGCCAACUCGUCGUCGUCCUCGUCGGCAAAGGGCGCUGUUUACUUCAUGACCAAUGACCCCAAGGAGAACUUCAUUAUCGCCGCUGACAUCGGUUCAGACGGCAAGCUGACACUCAACCGUGCAGUCUCUAGCAGAGGUCGUGGAUCUCACGGUCAGACCAGUCCCAAUGGCCCAGACGCCUUAUUCUCCCAGGGCUCAGUCAAGGCAUCUGCAAACGGCAAGAUCCUGGCUACAGUUAAUCCUGGUUCCAAUACGGUCUCGGUGUAUUCUAUCAACGAGAAUAACCCUUCCGAGAUCAGUCUCAUCGGCGACCCGGUGUCUAGUGAGGGUGAAUUCCCGAUGUCCCUUGCGAUCAACAGCAAUGGGACUCAGGUGUGCGUUCUCAAUGGCGGGACGGUUAACGGUGUAAACUGCUACAAGGUGGACAAGGACGUCGGUCUCACUGCCGUUCCCAACACACUGCGGUCUCUCGGCAUCAAUCAGACGACACCCGCUACCGGCCCCGCAGGCACAGCAUCCCAUGUCAUCUUCAGUGAGGACGGCAAGUCUCUCAUCGCCUCCAUCAAGGGCACCCCGCCAACGCCCGGCUUCCUCGCCGUCUGGGACGUCAACUCCGACGGCUCGCUAUCACAGGACUUCAAGAAGGUCGCCCCCGCGAGCGGUGGCCUGCUGCCCUUCUCGAUGACGGUCAUCCCCGGCAAGAAUGCGAUCCUCGCGACGGACGCCGGUCUCGGCUUCGACGUCUUCGACUUUAGCAGCGGGAAUAAGAGCUCCGCAGUGCCGAUCCAGGGCCAGUCGGCGACCUGUUGGUCGAGCUUCAGCAAGAAGACCGGCAAUUUCUAUCUCACUGACAUCGGCACUGCCACGGUCACGGAGGUAAAUGUAGACGACAACCUCAAAGGGUCAAUAGUCAAGCAAUACCCUCAGAAAGCGGGCUCCGCUACCAUUGACAACGACAUUGCAAGCAUUGGAAAUAAUGACUUCUUGUACGUUCUCGCCCCCAACGCCACGCAGAUCGACGUCUUGUCGCUCGACGGUGCAGGCCAGGCCAAAAGCAUCCAGACCCUGGACAUUGCGGGGCCCGCCAAGGCAGCCGGCCUAUCAAUCGAUCCCUUCAACCUGCAGGGCAUGACGAGCUUCGUCAAGAGCGGAUAGGAAAUGCGCAUCAGGUAAUGAGGGCCACUGAGGGGCUUCAAGCUACGACAGGAUCUGUCGGCCACAUAUGAUUCAUCCGCUAGAUUGCAUACCCUAGGAUGAAAUUGAGUCGAUGGAACAUAUUGUUGUAUCAGUUUUCCUGCGUGCGGACAUACAAGGUCUCUUCUCUCGCAGCAGACUCAGGUGAAUUCGUAGAUGCACUAAUACAUUGAUAUCCAAGGUAUAUUCUACAUACAUUACUUCAGAUCAUAAUGCAGCACUAUAACGCUGGACCUACCGGUAAAUUAGAGGUAACAUAAGGCCAGACAUGGCUAACAGCCGCAGAUCAUAUCAUAUCCCACUCAUCCCAAAUUUCGCGGUUUGCCAGAGUUGGCGCCUGCCCAGGGGUCUCUAUCUCCGCGGUAGGAGUCAAGUCGACAAUCUUCUCACUUGUACCUUCUGCAUCGUCUUUGGUGCCGCGCAUGACCACGAGAAUGGGAUCGCUCCGCUUGUAUCCGGUGUACACCAGCCGAAUAUCGCUCCCUUCUAUCACCUGCACCAAGCGUCCGGUAUGGAUA